AUGGACGAUGAAUACGUUGCGCAGCUCCUUGCCAAGGAGGCAAAGGAGAGUUCCAUGAAAUACUCGGCUCAAGGACUGAGUGCUUUUAUGCCUUCAAAGCCGGCAAGCAAUGCCCCUAAACCGAAUACGCGCUUCCUACGGAACCUCAUCAAAGUGACCGAUAGUCACAAUGCCUCUCUCAAGCUCAAGGAAGAAAAAGAAGCACGGGAGCGCAUGCGCCAGCUGAAAUAUCCGACAUCAGGUGCUUCGGCUCCAUCUUCAACGGAUCGUGCAUCAACACGAUCUGGUAAUCGAAGUGGUAUGCGAGGAUCAAGGGAGCAUUGCCACAGAGAAGAACGAGAAAGCCAUACUCGCUCACAUCGAAAAAGGCACCGAAGUCGUUCCCCCUCGACAGAACGGGAACGGCCGCGGAGACAUCGACACAGAGAUGAAGACUACGCUGGAACUGCUGAGAAGGACCGGGAUCGCGAUGAAUAUCGACGCUCACACCGGGACCACGAUUCAUCCAGACGGGAUCGCCGAGAUCGAGAUAAGCACCACACCAGACGCCGACAUGACCGGUCAUAUUCAAGGUCUGCCAGUCGCUCUCCGCGCAGGGACCGAAGUAACGAUCGUCACCACCAUCGAAGACGACACCGUGGGCCCGCACAUUCCACCCGUUCGCGUUCCUACUCACGGGAUUCGUCCAGAACUCGGCGAUCGAAGGUUGAAGAUGCGUCGACGUCGUCACAUGGUUCUCACCGUUCUCGUCUCGAUACCAGCACGCGGCAUAACCGCCUUUCGCCACCUCCUACCACAUCUACAUAUAAAAAUGGGACGGAUAGCGAGUCUGAUCCUCUGGAAGAGCUCAUCGGGCCACUUCCUCUCCGAGAGAACAAAGCACCCGUUCGCUCGCGUGGGCGUGGCGCCUACAAACCCAAUUCAAGCAACAUUGAUGCUCACUUUGCACCCGGCUACGAUCCGAAUACCGACCUGCAUUUAGAUGAGGACGAUUUACAUUCAACGGGCCAGCCAUCCUCCCGUCGUCCUGUUGCGGGGCUCAUGACCAAAGACGAUGACUGGGACAUGGCUAUGGAGGCGCUUCGCGAUCGUGAGCGCUGGAGACAGAAAGGCGCGGAGAGACUACGUGCAGCUGGUAUCGACGAGGCAGCCAUUGACAAGUGGAAGGCGGAACCGGCUUUCGCGGGUCUCGAUGGUGAAGGCAAACCGGAGGAUGUACAGUGGGCGAAGAAAGGUGAAGGGCGGGAAUGGGAUCGUGGCAAGUUCGUGAAUGACGAAGGCCAUAUUGAUGUUAGAGCUACCUGGUAG